GCUCCUAGAGGAGUGACGGACAUAUCGGCACCGCAGCCAUGACUGAGGCUGAUGUAAAUCCGAAGGCCUACCCUCUUGCAGAUGCCCACCUCACCAAGAAACUAUUGGACCUUGUUCAGCAGUCGUGUAACUACAAGCAGCUUCGAAAAGGAGCCAAUGAGGCCACCAAAACCCUCAACAGAGGCAUCUCUGAGUUCAUUGUGACGGCUGCAGACACAGAGCCCCUGGAGAUUAUCCUGCACCUCCCACUGCUGUGUGAGGACAAGAACGUGCCCUAUGUGUUUGUGCGCUCCAAGCAGGCCCUGGGGCGAGCCUGUGGGGUCUCCAGGCCUGUCAUCGCCUGUUCUGUCACCAUCAGAGAAGGCUCACAGCUGAAGCAGCAGAUCCAGUCCAUCCAGCAGUCCAUCGAACGGCUCUUAGUCUAAACAGGUGGCCUCUGCCACACUCCCUCCUGGCUCCUCCCCCAGGGCUUGUGUAUCAUAUUGUCUGUUAGCAUGUAGUAUUUCCAGCUGCCUUCUGUUGUUAUAAAAUAUUGCAGUGCUAAAU